GGACGAGAAUACAAAAAACAUGUAGGCCUUAUAGGGAACAUUUUAAAAUGUUGAAUUUUCAAGACUCCCACUAGAGGGUCUCACAAGUGUUGUAAAUAUAAACCUCAAUGGGUCUCAAAUUGUACUACGUGAAUCAGAUGAUGCCCUGGAUGUAGGUAGAGAAACACAAGUGCAAGAACUCGCCAUGAAGCGACACCUGGCCGGCUGAACAUGCAUGGGUCAGAGGUCGCCAUAGCGUGGAUCGUUCUGUGCCCCAUCGCUUUCCUCACCAACGUCAUCAUCCUCUUGGUCGUCCAGCAUUACCGGCCCUUGCUCCACAGCUGUGAUGUGGCCUUCACCUCCCUGCUCGUCACCAUGGCAGCCAACGCGAUGCUUCUCCUUCCGGUACAGUCCGUCACGGAGCUGGCCAGUAUCCCGUGGGGCGUGGAACUCUGCACCUUCUACGUCUGGCUGUCCCUGACCCUACGAGCCUCGCAUCUUUUAGUUCUUCUUGUUCUCAACGUCUACUGGGUCGCGUCCUUGAGAGUCACGGUCAAAGGUCACAUGUUCACGUCAUCCAAACACGUCAAAUUUCUCGUCACCAUCUGCUGGAUUAUCGCCGUCAUCAUCGGGAUCAUCCCAGCCACCGGUGGAAUAAAAAUCUUUCAGUUCUACGACUCGGAAACCUGCAAGUUCCUCCCCACGGAUGUCAGCCUCGGGUUUGGCGUCGUGUUCAUCAUCAUGGCGCUGGUCUCUUUCGUGAUGGGCAUCAUCAGCAGUGCCGACUCCAGGCAACUCUUCAAGCACAUGCACCAGGUGGCGCUGAGGAAGUACAACGCCGGGCGGUUCCACCUGCCGACCGUCUCCGGGAAUGUGCAGACGAGCUCGCCCGUCCACGCCAAGUACAGCGAGCUGAACGUGGCGAGGGAGUUGUGUAGUCUUGUGUUCUACGUCACGCUGAUGUCGUCAUGUCUCAACUCGAUUCCGUUAUUUGUCUCACAGUUCGUCCAGAUCGUCCAGGAGCACGAUAGGGUUGUCAUGGAAACCGUCCUGCUCUGGCUACUGCUGGCCGAGGCGCUGGUGCUGCCCCACUUCCUGUGGCUGAUGUCCAAGCGGUACCGGCACGCGGCCGUCUACACGUGGAGGGUGUUCGUGCUCAGGGACAAGGGCGCGCGGGAAGAAGAUGCUGCAGCGUGCAGUCUCCAGUCGUACAGAUUUGUGAACGGAAACAUGAACAUUAGGUCACAGACUAAUGGAGUUGGGCAGGCGAACGGCCACGCGACCAGAGGCAGCCCACACGACCACCAAGAGCUGGAGGACAGCCUCGAGUACCACCAGACCACCAACGGCAACGGCCGGAGCUUGCAGACCCCAGGCCAGGCCCAGUACAUCAUGACGACAGACCUCGAUGACGGCAUGACAGUCGUGACGCAGCUCACGUCAGGCGACCCGCGGGCCAACGGUCAAGGUCACGUCGCCAUGAAUAACCUUGACCCCGCGGAACCGACGGUGCGGAAAGCGCCGCCGAAAAAAUCUCCGAGAACGAACAUUCCGGUUUCAAAUAAGACACCGGACAGUUCAAAACAACCGGAAACCGUGAGUCCUGCUGCCGGAUCCGGCUCUGAAGUUAGCAGAUCCACAUCUACCAGACAAGAAUGGAAAGAGCGAAUGAGGAAGAAAUAUCUCCCUACCCUGUUCGUGGACGAGCAUCCAACCCAACCGGAUGCAGGUGAAGUAGAUUUAAGCGACGUUGAAUACGUUCAGUCAGGUGAUGCGGUGCUGGAAACCCAUGCGGGUCACGUGACCCGUCUCCCCACCACCGCCAGCGUCGACAGCACGUACUACAUGUCCAGCGACUACCACUACAACUACCUCAGCGAAUCGAUACCGCCCAGGUUGAAACACUCCGCCACGUACGAAAGCGAAGCAGACGACGACUUGUACGAGUCACGUGACAUAGGGGACAUACUGGAUAAAUCUGGACAACUUGAAAGCUACGGGUUCGAGACCCACAACCUGGAUAACAAAUUUCCAGAAGUCUCACUUGACCAGUCUUUUCCUGAAACGGAGGUUCAAAACACUCAGGAAGAAAAAGGAAAACUUAACAACCAAGCUAAUGUUGACGUUAUAGGGUUAUAUUUUGAAGAUUCGACUCCAGAUAUUCUCGAAGAAUCAGUCUCCCAUGCCAUUAAACCCGAGAUUCGACGCGAUAAUUACAGAAAGUUUUUAUCGAUUACAAAUCUUCAAAUUUCCAGCGUGGAUGUUGAUGAAGACAUGGAUCACGUCCCGAAAACAGAACCAAUCACCACGCAAAGGUUCAAUAUUUCUGAGGAGGAUUCUGUAACUUCAACGGCCAGGUUAGGAGGCAGGGUACCCCAGGAGGAGAGUAAGCCACAAAUGGUUGGUGAAGUGGAUAGUAAAGUAUCGGCAAUCGGGCAGGACAGUGAGAUGUUGGCAAUAGUGCAGGACAGCGAGGUUUCUGAAGUAGUGCAAGAGGAGAACGAGGUUUCGUCAGUGAUAGCGGAAAGCAAUCUGCAGGACAGCAAGCUACAGGCUGUAGUGCAGGACAGUGAGCUGCAGGCAUUAGUGCAGGACAGUGAGCUGCAGGCAGUAGUGCAGGAGUAUGACGAGAUGCAGACAGUCAGUGGCAGUGAGAUGCUGCGUCUCAAGAUACAAUCUCGGCGUGUCGCCGCGGCCAUGGAGUCGACAGACGAAACGUCUUCCAGCGAAGACGAUUUCGACUCCAACACCGCGUCUUUAGAAGAGAUAGCUCCCUCUAAAGUAUCCGGAAGAGAAUCCCAUGUGGAUCAGAUUAUUCCCACAAACGUAGCCGUAACGGAGUCGAACAACGAUUUAUAUUCGGAGAUUGAAAGCGAGGAAAGACGUUCGGAAAAUUUUGUCCAUAGACAGCAAUACAGAUUUUCAAAUAGCCCAGAUUUAAACAAAACUUACGAUGGAAAUUCUAGUCAAUAUUUAAACAAAGAUAAUAUUAACGAAACUAGUCAUAAUUUAAACAGAAGUAACAUGAACAAAAAUAAUCGUAGUGAUGUCUUUACGUACAAAACUAGUCCAAAAUCUGUUAGGAAUCCUAAUCUAAAAAAUAUUGUAACGAAUCCAUUUUUACGAGAAUCGUUUGAAGUAGCUUCUGAAAGAUCUCAAGCAUCAAAUAAGUCGCAGCUUCAAACCAACCCGUUUCUCACGGAGUCCUUCGAUGAGGUUGCACAUAACUCCCAGCAGCUGAAUCCUUUUCUAAAAUCUGAUGAAGUGUUUGCGUUUGGACCAGUGUUAAACGACCAGAAUACCACCACAGGUGGCAAAACUUUAAAUAAUGGUGUACUAUCAAAACCAUUUCCGGGUCGAAGGUCAGCCAGACAUACCUCAUCUGAAGACGAGCUCAAUUCUAUUUUUAGCGACAGCUCCAUGGACAGCCACCGAAGUGAAUCGUUCGAUUCGAUCAGCUCUCUCGACAACGUGAUCGACAGUCAACACGAGAUCGAUGAUGCUAAAAUGUCGGUGACAUUUGAACCGUACGGCGAAAGACACCCCGCGUGGAUGGAGAAUUCGAUUAGCGCCACAAGCCCUAGAACAGACGACUCAGGUUCCAAAUUUCGUAUCACCAUCAGCGACGAAGUAUCCAACGACGUGGUGGAAUACGAUUUAGAUUCUGUCAAUAUCGGAGUACAAAGUCCGAUAUCUAAUCAAGGGAUGAAUAGAAGUCAAUAUUUGACCAACACGCCAAAUUUAGUGCAGUAUCGAUUCGAUGAUGAUAUCGAGCGCGGGUUCGAAGCCGCCUUAGCCGCGGAUUAUCUUGUACAUAGCAACUUGUAUACUGGAAUCUGUUUCGAGGCUAUACAGGAAGAGACGGAGGAUUCCGAAAGUCUGGCUAGUCUGGAUGAAGCGGAGAACGUCUUCAAGACGCAUGCGGUAAUGUCAAGGCCGUCUUCAAGGGCAAGCGUCGUAGGAUGGGCGGAAGAAAAGGGGUCGAAAAAUAACGAAUUUCUGGACAGUUUCAACGACAUUCAGGACACUACGUGGAGCUUUCCAGAACGGACAUCCGCCGAUGGUAGCGAUGACGUCACCACCGGUCAAACUGCGUCUUGCACCCAGGGCAGGCCGGUCUCCGACCCCUGGGGUUUUAACGCCAGGUCCUACCCAGCAGACGACCAACAAUCCACCGACUCGCUGGACGAUAUAGAGCUCGCAGACGACAUUGUCACAUCCCUACCCUCACAUUUGAAACAAACGGAAUUCACCCCGUGGGCGCAGGGGCCGGUCAGGUCACCCAGCCUCGAUUUGAACUUCGAUUCGGAUUUCUCUUUAGAAGAUUACUCGGAAACCUCCCGACCUUUCACCCCUGACGUCACUGACGCCAAACUCCCUUCGGCUUAUUUUUAGUUAUUUCCAUCCUCAGUAUUAACUGUUAGUGUUUUCUGUUUACUUCAUAAGCAUUCCAUUAAGUAUUUAAAGCAGAGCAUAUGUUAAUGAUUUUAAUUUUUUUCUAAUUUUUAAACCAAGCAUAAAUCCAUUGUAAAAAUGUAGGUAUUGCAUAACUAAUGAGACAUUCUGACGUGUUUGAACUAAUUAUAGAUAAACCUUCAGAUUUUUAUUUUAUUUUGAGACUACAUUAAUUCACAUGUUAUUAUAAUAUUUAAAAUAUUUAAAUCUACGGUGGGGUGAAGAGAAACGAAUUCAGCAUUUAAUAUAUGUACAUAACACAGUACCAUGGUCAGUGAUUGCUUGAUUACCUGGUCGAUCAUUAUGGCU